AUGGACUUGCUCAAUUCGUUUCUGGCCGUCGGAUCGACCCUUGGAGUGACCGCGGCCGCUGCUUGCGUGGUGGACGGUGGUUGGCUUCGUGCGGGUGGCUCGCUUCUCAUUCGCCCCCUCUCUCUGUCGCCCCCGAUUGAACCCAAGCCGCCGCUCGCCGCUGGCCGUCCUCCUCGACCAGAGAGGGAGGGCGCCGCCAUCGCCACCAGUCCACCAUGGCCUCCUCCUCCUCGCUUCGGAUCCCCGCACCAACCCACCACCCCGCCGAAGAGGGCGCGUCCGCGGCGGCUGCCCUUCCACGCCGUCUCCGUCCGCCCCCGCCGCUCCGCAGUCUCCUCCGCCUCCGCCGCAUCCUCCCCGCAGCAGCCGCCGGCACUGGGCGACGGCGACGACGCCAACAGGCCCACCGGCGUGCCCGUGCCCGAGCCCUUCUCCCGCGACGCCGCUAUCGCGCUGCCUCGGCCGUUGACAAGCGCGGAUCUGAUGGGGCAGGCCAGGGGGAAGGCCUCAGGGGUGCCCGGGCGCCACGGAUCUGCAGAGCGGGGAUGGAAAGGAAGAUGUUAUUAUCAAGGGAGCCUGAAGAGCGAAGCUAGAAGCAGGUGAGCUAUCCAUACCAAUGAGUUGAAAUUUGCACAUGGGGUCCUCGUCGUGUUUGGCCAGAAUUCAGUCCAUUUUCUCAUCAGUGUUUUCUUUUAUGGAUUCACACAAGAAGUUCUUCAUCUAUAUGAAACCUAUAUUUCGACAGUAGCAAUUUGAGAAAGAUCUUAUGGGUGCAAACCUAGAGGAAUACAAGCCAUGUAGGCACGUACAGCUAGAAGCAUUGUCACAAAUAUGAUCAUUUUAGUAAUUUACCAUGUAAAUAGUACUACCAUGCUAUCUCUAGCCAAACAACUUGAUCAAUGCACGAGGAACUCAAAUUUCACAUUUAUUUUAGUUUAAUCCCCUUACAUUUAUUGGAAAUAUGCCCUAGAGGCAAUAAUAAAAGGAUUAUUAUUAUAUUUCCUUGUUCAUGA